CGGAAGUGGGUUUGUUUUGGUUCUGGAGACGCACGCGACGCACGUUUGAGCUAAAAAUAAAACGAGUUAAAAGUCAAAACUCCGCGGAUAAACGUGUUCCGGGAUAACUCCGAGGAUGAUGCAGUUUGUGAAGAAAAGUCCGUGAUUUUUGUGUGUUUUUUAAAGCGGGUAAAAUGAGCUCGCGCGUGCUGCUGUUCUGGCCCAAUGUGAUCGGAUACUUCAGGAUUCUUCUUCUGUUUGGAUCCUGGACUUUUUAUGAGACUCCGGCUGUUUUCCUCCCUCUGUACACGGCGUCUGUUCUGCUCGACGGAGUGGACGGGUGGCUGGCUCGGAGGCUGCAGCAGGUCUCGAGGUUCGGGGCCUGGCUGGACGUGGUCGUGGACAAUCUGAGCCGAGCGAUGCUGUGGACUCAGGUCUCUCAGAGCUGCGGCUGGCUGCUGUCGUCUCUGGAGUGGUGUGUGUUCGUGUGUAAUCACUGCUCGAAAGGAGAACACUGGAAAAACAGCUUCGGCUCCAGCCCCAAACUCAUCCAGGCCGUCAUGACCAACGGUUUCCGCACUCCUCUGGGUUUGUUGGUGGUGAGUGGACUUCACUGUCUCCCUCUGUGGCUCUACUGCGCUCAGCACAAUCUGCUCCAGCCGCCGUCCUGGAUCCAGCUCCAGAUCACUGCUCUGCUCAGUCUGGGACGGACACUCGCCUUUACAGCCGAGGUCUGGUGCGUCUGGACUCAUAUAAAGUUUCUCACCAAAGACGAGAACGAGGAGAAGAAAAGUUGAAGUUCAAGUUGACGACGUUUGGAUCAUUUUCAAUCCUAUUUAUGAAUCAUUCUGUUUCUUUGUUUUAUUUUAAAGAUAUUUAAAAGGGAACAGGGUCAAACUGGGAUUUUUCAGCUUUAAUAUGAGUUUAAAGAUGCACUACGGAACUUUUCUGGUGGAGGGUCUGACACCUGCUCGUCUCUGGAGGCUGGAGUUUAAUCCAUCCGUCGUAAGAGUUCAAUUUCACACUAUGAAACAUUCCAAGCAAAGUAAUAACAUCACCAUGGAGACAAACAAGUGAUGGACUCAGAGCCUCCAUCAGAAAAGUUCCAGAGUGAAGCUUUAAGAACACUUGAACAGGGGCAUUGCUGUGUAUGAAUGUAUCCGAGUUGGCACUUUGCAUUUGCACUUUUGAAUGUGUUUCUCCAAUAAAUUAUUUCACUUUUGGAAA